CCUACCGAUUCCACGAGGAUGGCAGCGAAUUGCAUACCCACAAAAAGGUGUUUUGGAUCUUUCCUACUGGCGGCGUUUGUAUGGCAAGACCGGUCAAGGAUGCAUUUGGGAUACGGUGUUUUUGUAUACUUUCUACUUUCCUUAUCCAUCAAUACGUCUCGCCCAUGAUCGCUCUCUACAUCCACGACUGCGAUGAUAUCUUAAUGCUGUCAAUUACAGAAAAGGGUCAUUUACGAACAAUUGCACGGUGCAGUUGCUCUGUUUCGGUCAUCCCAAAACAAUGCUAUCCCAGAUGAAGCGACCUUUCUCAACAUGAAUAAACCUCCAUUUGAACUCUGUCUAGACAUGCCGAUCACUUGCUGGUGCUUGUGUAUACUGUACAGCCCGAAGU